AUGGACUCCAAAUCCUUCUCGUCGCGCUUUCGGCGCAACGGGCGAAAGGGUAACCGCGCUGCCUCGCCUGCCUCGCCUGCCUCGUCGUCCCCCGGGCCGUCGCCAGUUACUUCGACUGUUGUUGGUGGUGGUGCUGCUGCUACUGGCGGUGUUGGUGCAGAUGUAACUGCCGAUGACGACAAUGCGAACAACCACCACUCGGCCUCUAAAUCGAACUCCGCCCAUCUUACGGCCAAGACGACAAACUCCCCUCCUGUCCUCACCAUAACCACGACCACCGAUACUACCGCGCGCCCUCAGACUGGCAACGGCAACGGCAACGGCGGUUCUUCGCCCAGCUUCUUCCGCCAGCCGAAGUCUCCCUUUAGCAAGAAGUUUCAUUUCCCCAGCAGAUCUUCGCACAAGCGCGCAAGAUCUCCUGCGCCUGCCGCCCUGCCCCAGCCGACCUCGCCUGUGCUUGUGAAGCAAGAUGCCAUGUUGGAUCACGAAAUGAUGUCACCUGGCAAGGGUGCUGCCGCUACGAGUCCAGUGCAGGUGAAAGGGGGGCGGGCACAAGGAUCAGAGAAGAGGAUUCAUAAGUCGCAGCAGCAGCAGCAGUCUCCGAGGGUUCCCGCCUUCUUGAAUAUGUCCGAGCAGGAAAUUCUCCACAAGUACCAGGAAAUCCAAUGGAACGAGCGGAAUCGCGUGCUGCAGUCCAUAACGAAUAGCUCUCCAACAUUCAAAUUUGCCCAAGUGGAUGCGACAUACCGUCCACUCGACCGGUAUGGCAACAUCCAGCCGUGGAACAAUAAUCGGGUCAAGCUGCAGGUUCCCGAGGGUAAUGCCGACUACAUCAACGCGUCGCCCAUUGUUUUGCGGUCACCUCUAGCACCAGAGCAGCGCUCGCCGCACAAGUAUAUUGCCAUGCAGGGGCCCACUGGCAGAACAUCGGAGCACGUAUGGCGCAUGGUGGCGGAACAGAUGGAGAGCCCGGCUGUCAUGGUCAUGCUUACCGAAACUCGCGAGAACAACAUGGAAAAGUGCUUCCCAUACUACCCACACAAUGCGGAUGAGUCGCUUGACAUUGGAGAACACGAUGAGUUCCAAGAUGGAUGGCGGGCGCAGGUCAAGUGUUUGGAGGUGGAAGAAAGAGCCGAGGGCGCAAUCGAGAUGCGAAAGCUGCAGGUCCAGGUCGAUGGCAGGGAAGAUGACAUGGAGGUAUGGCAUUUGCUUUACAAAAAGUGGCCAGACUUUGGUGUUCCCUCCCUUGAAGACAUUGGCUCUUUUCUGGAUCUCAUGGAACUAUCCCGGGUCAAGAAUGCCCACGAGGACAACCCGCGGAUUGUCCAUUGCUCCGCUGGUGUGGGACGGAGCGGGACUUUCAUUGCAUUGGAACAUCUUUUGAGAGAGGUUGACUCGGGAGAUUUGGAAAAGUACGAUGAACAUUACGGCGGCGAGGCAUCGGAUCUCGUCUUUGACACGGUGAAUACGUUGAGGGAGCAGCGCAAGAUGAUGGUACAAGCGGAAUCACAGUACCUCUUCAUCUACAAAGUUCUCCGGAAGCGUUGGAUGGAAAAGUACGGCCUCGAAGACGAUCAAGGAGGCGAGCCAGCAGCAAAGCGGUUAGGAGUCGGAGCAGAUCCCUUUGUGGAGGAUGACUAG